UUUUAUUCCUCUCAUUUGCGCUUCGGUCUCUAAGUUCAUAUCAAUGUGGACAUGAGUAUUUCCGGAAUAAUGCAAAUCCAUCAGAAUUUUAUCAUCAUUCUUGUGUCCUUUGGGAUAGUAUUGAGUGGGCUCAUUUACCUGAACAACAACCAGUGCAGCUGCAAUCAGCAGAUAACAGAACAAAACGUCAUGGAGCCAAAAUGGAAGCGAAAGACCUUUGGACUACGCUCAUUGCCAGGGUUGCUGUACAACCAGCCAAGUGCGUUGGUAGGUCGGACAGAUGUUGCUUCUGUGUCAUCAUGGUCAGCUCCAAUCAUUUGGGAGGGAACCUUUGACUCCACACUGAUCGACUCUAUCUACAAACAACAAAAUCUCACCAUAGCAACCACUGUCUUCGCUUUGGGAAAAUACACACGUUUUGUCAAAGAUUUUCUGGAGUCAGCAGAGCAGCAUUACUUUGUUGGAUUUCGAGUGCAUUACUACUUGUUUACAGAUCAACAAGAAUCCAUUCCUGAAGUGAAGAUGGGUGAAAACCGUAGUUUGACAGUUCUAAAGGUUCAGAGUUUAAACCGAUGGCAGGACAUCAGUAUGAGCAGGAUGGAAAAACUGGAAAAACUAAUAGAGAAUGAACUAGCCAGUGAGGCUGACUAUAUUUUCUGCCUUGACAUAGAUGCAAAGUUCUAUGGCCGGUGGGGUGCGGAGACUUUGGGUCGUCUGGUAGGUGUGAUACAUCCUUGGUUCUUCGAUGCUCCAAGGAAUCAAUUCACAUAUGAGCGUAGACCAGGGUCUCAAGCAUACAUUCCAGCCGGGGAAGGUGAUUAUUAUUAUGCUGGUGCUGCAUUUGGUGGUUCAUUGGAGGAUGUAUAUCAUCUCACCAAAACCUGCAGGGAACAGCUGAACAUUGAUGCUGCAAACUCCAUUGAGGCGGUAUGGCAAGAGGAGUCUCACUUGAACAAGUAUUUCCUUUUGAACAAACCUAGUAAACUGCUCUCUCCUGAAUAUAUGUGGCGGGACAUUAGUGCCAGUGCAGCACAAAUAAAAACAAUUCGCUUCUCUAAUGUAGCUAAAAACUAUGCUGAAGUUCGUCCAAACCCGUAGCAACUGUUGCCAGUAUUCAGCUACACUGACAUGGUGUGUUCUCAGAACUUCUCACAGGGCUCCCAAGACUUGAAUCUGUUAACAGGUAAUACUGGCAACAGGGAAGUUGACAUCUGCCACCAAGAAAUGGAUAAUCACAGACAUACAGAUGUUUAUGAGCACAAUAUGGCAUCAGAAAUAAUAUCUGCCAAAAAUGUUUAAAUAAACACUCACAAUAUCUUAUAUAACAUCUAUAACUUCUAAAAUAUCUAUAAAUUGAAAGCACUGACAAUCCUUUGUUUUACCACUUUUAUGAAGAGAGUUGAAGGAGGACGUUUAGGGAGCUACAAGGCCUGAAGCUAAAACCAGUGGUAAACUUUAAAUGAUAUUUUCUGGGUACUACUGCAAAAAUAUAACCUGCCUUUUUGUAUGUUUGGGUAUACACUGAAACAAUGUGUGACAUAUGACAUUUUGACACUGUAAAAAUAUGUAUGUAUGCAUACCUUUAGAAACAUAAAAAUCUUUACAAAUAUGUUAUCAGGGUUCCCACUCUUUCAUGAACACCAGAUUCAAGGGCUUUCAAGGACUUUUUAAAGCACCAUUUAUUUCAUAUCAAGCACCUAUCAAAUUCACACCCCAGCAUGAAAGACCUUACAGUACUUAACAUUUCACUUACACAUAACAUCUACAUAAAAAAUUUCUUAGUCAUAAUGUUUUGAAAGUGUAGGUUUCGUAAAUUUAGACUGUUUUGAGCAGUUGUUUUCAAAGGAAUUUAACGAAAUCCAUUGAAAUCAAUACUGGUAAUAUUGAAAUACAAUUUCUAAAAUAUUGAUACAACUCCAGGGGCGGAUCUACCGGGGUGGUUUCUAAAAUAGAAAUGUAAGAAGUGUUUCAUCUGCUACUUUUCAGCCGCGGCGAUGACAGCGCGCGAUGGUGCACGAUGGUUGCACGCGCACGCAGCGCGCCCAGUGUAGUCGGCUUCAUUAACAAAUGACUCUUAAGAACCGGUUCUUUUUGAGUCAAAAACACAAAGCGCAGCCCAUUCACCAAUGAAUUGUUUUUACAUUGGUUCGUGAAUCAGAUACUGCUUCUUGAUUUAUUCAGAAGUCCUCUGAGAAAUCUAAUCCCGUCCGGAUAUGUCUGAGAUUCAUCCCGUAAUUGUUUGGUGAUCCGAUUCUCCGACCGCUCGCUCCACUUUCAUCAUGGAUAUAGAGGCCUUUCUGCCAUAUCGGACAAACAAUAACAUGGAAUCAAUAAGAAGAUGCCGAUCACGAAAAAGCAGAGUUAGGUAAGAAUCUUGUAUUGCAGUUUUCUCGAUUGUUAACAUAACUGAUUUUAGUUGGCCCAUUUUCCCAAAUCAUUAAUUCAGUUCAAAAAACAAAGACAAAUUUCUCAAAAAGUUUAACAAUGAGUAAGUUAAACAUUAGGUAGCAAAACUGAUGACACCAAUCAACUGAGAGAGGAGAGAGCUGAACGAAUAAUAUACAUGGGUUUUAUACUUACACAUUUAGUAUAAUUACAGUACAGUACCAGUACAUUAGAUGAUGGAAAUUUCACUCUUCUAUAUGUACAGUAAACUGUAGCACAUGUUAUACACCUUCAAACGUGUGACUGUCAAAUUUUAUUUGUAGCCAUUUUUUUAUGUGUAGGCCUACUGUAUGUUUGCAGAACUGAGAAAUGACUGCCUAGAGAUAUAGCUAGUCUUAUGUCAGGAGACCAGGAAACUGCUGUAGUACUGUAUUCUGUAAUGAAAUUUGACCAAAUGUGCAGAGUGUCACAGUGCACACAGCAGGGAGGAACGAGGAACACGCAGACGAGGAGUAACUUCAAAAUAACAGUCUUUAAUGAGGACAUCAGGGCAGGGCAAGACAAGGCAAGGUUGGCACAGACAGGAACACCGGGGAAUAACGAGUAGACCAGACGAAAUCUAACUAAACAGGCAGGAACUAAAUACACAUGACAAUUACUGAUAAUUAGACGAAACACAGCUGGACAAGACUUAACUAAUAAUAACACUUAACAAGGACAGGAACAAGACCAAAUAUGGACACAAGAGGCGGGAACACAUGACACACACGACAGAGGACGUAACACAGAGGAUGCUGAAUUUACCUUUUUAAAUUUUUUUUUUUUUUUUACUGUACUGUAUUGUGGUGCAUACCAAGUUCAUAUACAAUUCUUUGGUAUUUGAACUUUUCUAGUGUUUUUCAUCUACUGCAAGAUUAUUUUGCAGUAGUAAAAUGAAAAUGAUCUGUUCCCAAAAGUUCAUUGCUGAAUUAUUAUUAUUAUCUGUAAUUUAAUUCAUGUUGUAUACUGUAAUAGACAUUGAGCUGCAAAAAUAAUUCCUGAAUCCUAAUAAGAGUUUUUUGUUAAGUGUUAUUGAUCUCAUGAGUGUUCACUGGGCAGGAAAGUCUUGUUUAAGAAGCAUAAAUAGUUUGGUCAGUUAGAUGUUCUAGAUGUUUGCUAAAGUGUUGCUAGCUGGUUGCUAGGACAUUCUGGGUGGUUGAUAGGCUUUCGCUAUGCAGUUGCUGGGGUGUUGCUAGAUUAUUGAUAGUGUGUUCUGGGUGAUUACAGACAUUCCCACCUCUGGUAAUAACAGAAUGUCUUCUUUAAUGAUACAAGCUCAGAAACAUUUAUAACCUGUUAAAGUUUUUUGUAUAUAUUGUGUAUUGACUGGGUGCCAUGAUGGAUAUUGAAAUGUCGUUAUUUAUUUUUCAUUUUAAACAGUAUAGAUUAGGUCCCACUUUAUAUUAGGUGGCCUUAACUAGUAUGUACUUACAUCUGAAUUAAUCAUUUGGUACAAUGCACUUAUUGUGUACAUACAUGUUUUUACAUUGCACUUAUAUUUUAAAAAUACCUAUAUGUAAUUACAUCUGUAAUUAGUUUCUGUAAUUACAUUUAUAAUUACACUGUUGACCCAUCCCUUACACCUUAACCCACCCUUAAACCUAAAGUAAACUGAUACCACCAAACCUGUCCCUAACCUUACCCGUAUCCCACCUCAAUAGCAGCAAUAGUGUUUUGCAAAUACAGUAUGAACACAAUAAGUACAUUGUACUUAUUUUUUGAUGUAAGUACAUAGUAGUUAAGGCCACCUAAUAUAAAGUGUGACCGAUGAUUACUUAAAGGCAAUGCAAUAUUUGUGCAUAUCCCCAAAAACUAUGCAUGGGGGCUUGCUUUGAUGUUGCCACCCCUCUUAGAGCCCGUGCCACCCCUUUGCCACCCUAAAAAUUAUUUUCUAGAUCCGCCCCUGCAUGCAUCAAACUGGUUUUUGCUGUAGUUCUUGUACAAGAUUUAAAUUUGAAAGGAUUUCGCAAUUUUUAAAUUAAUAAAAAGUGGUUAAAUUUUGUAAUAACACGGUAAAACCUGUUAACAUUAAAGAUUUGCACAUUCUCACUGUCACGGUUCAUGGGUCUCUGUGCUCAUUCCUGGGAGUGUGUGGUGUUGCGUGGUUCUGCCGCUGCUGGCAACCCGUUUCCUAAUUAGCGCUUCACCUGCACCCUAUUUCACUGCCUAUAUCUGGGUCGCUCUUUCAUGAUCCUUUGUCAGUUCGUUUUCUCGCUCACCUUUGUUUGU